AUGCACCAAGUAGUAGAAGGCUUGAAUGGCGUCGCCGUUGUAAUGGAUGACAUUUUAGUCUGGGGAAAGUCUCGAGAAGAGCAUGACAAUAAUCUAGCAGCUUUACUUGCACGCUGCAGGGAGCACAACCUAAAGCUCAAUAAAAAGAAGUGCCAUUUUUUGCAGCCACAAGUUCGCUACAUGGGACACAUCCUCACACAAGAAGGACUUUGCCUGGAUCCCGGGAGAGUGAAAGACAUUUUGCAAGUGGCGCCAGCGAAAGAUUUCUCUGAUCGGCAACGGCAAGGAAUCCGUGAAGCUCUAUUGAAAGAUGCAACAAUGAUGGAAUUGUGCAACUACUCAAGCAACGAAUGGCCAGAGAGCAAGCAACAGGUAUCCGAGGCCGUACGCGCGUACUGGAAUUACCGCGAUGAACUCCAUGUCGAAGACGGUCUCCUCCUAAGAAGCAAGAAACUCAUCAAGCAGAUGCGUCGAACAACAGCAGAAGCAGUGACAAACUUGUGCAUGCAGAUCUUCGCCACUCACGGCAUCCCAGCAAAGAUAUGCAGCGAUAAUGGCCCCCCGUUCAAUAGUGCGUGCUUCCGCGUUUUUUCCACACAGUUGCGCAUCGUCCACGAGACUUCCUGUCCGCAUUACCCUGGCGGUAACGGCAUGGCGGAAAGGGCCGUCCAAGAAGCAAAGAAACUGCUCAAGAAGUGCCGGUAUGGAACGCUGGAGUUCUGCAGUGCCCUACUAGAAUGGAGGAACAUGCCAAGGGACGACCGCCUUAAGUCGCCCGCACAACGACUCAUGGGCCGUCAGACGAGGACUAAACUGCCAGUACUUGAGUGCCACCUCGAACCACAAACCGUGCCAACCAAAAUUGUCCGAAAGCGACUUGACGAAAUACGGCGCAAACAACGCGUUUUCUACAACAGAACAACGCGAAGUCUACCGGAUAUUCAUAGGGGUUCCACGGUGACUGUUUAUGAUACGACACACAGGACAUGGGCACCAGCAAUUGUCAUAGGACCGGCAAGUACACCACGCUCUUAUGUCGUUGAGACAGAGAAUGGGCAGCAUCUACGACGCACAAAGGAGCAUCUCAGAUCAACAGAAGGACAAGCUUCCUCCCAGCAGCCCGAGUGUACGAUAGCGACCCCUCAGUCCUCCUCUCAACCGUGCACCACCGAGCAACAAGCACCUCAAGAAGCACUACGUAGAAGCACACGACAGCGCAGAGAGCCGCAACGGUGGUUUUGGGGGACUGGAUGUGGGGGUUGCCUGAGUCAGGUCCAGGAGUGGGAUCAGGCCAUUGACUUGGUACAGUUGGAGGGCCCUUUCAGUGCGGCAGGCUGCAGCACCGGGAGGGACUCCAGGCGGGAGAUAUUGGUGGAGUUCAUGGAACGUCACCUCUACCUCGUCAAACCGUCGUGUGCUCUGAACUCGAAGCUCACGGCAGCGCGCAAAGAAGAAUUGUGGAAGGAACUCGUCUCGCUCCUGAACAAUGAAGGCUCAGCCGAAGCACUUUUUUGA